AUGGCAGCCGCCUCUUUCCGCUACGGCAUGACCAUCACUGGGGCCGUGCUGCUGGUGACGGGGACGCUGUGCUUCGCCUGGUGGAGCGAUGGAGAGGUGGGCACCCCGGCCAGCAGUGGGGCUCGCCUCCUGCCUCCCCGGGAAGCCGAGAUGGUGUCCAGCUCCUCCUCCAGUGCCCUGCUCCGCUCCGUCAGCUUCUUCUGCUGUGGCAUCGGUGGCAUCCUCCUCCUCUUUGGGCUCCUCUGGUCCGUGAAAGCCAACGCCAGGGUGGUCUCCCGCCGCUACCAGUACCAUUUCCCCAGGGACCUGCAGUACUUCACCGCGGAGCCUCUGGAGAAGUGGAACUGCAGUACCUGGGACACCAGCACCAUCCCGACCUACGAAGAAGCCCUGACCUGCAGACCUGCCCAUGGCGCCCCAGCCUACGUCCAGCCCCCGAGGAGGAAGGAGGAGCUCACGCCGCCCCUGUAUCGCUACCUGGAGGAGGACGAGAGCUGGCAGGGUGGCCACCGGCGCAGCUCCUCCGACAGCGCCUUGUUCCGCCCCAGCCUGUCCUGGCUGGAGACCCAGCACCCCGGGGAGCUGCAGGCAACGCCUCCCCCCAGUUACGAAAACAUCAGCAUCCGGGGCGUCUGA